AUGCCCCGUACCUACCACAAAGGAAGGAAAAGAAGCAAGGUUUCGAAAUCCUUGCGACUCUAUUGGAAGGCAAAGAAUGAAAAAAAAUUGAAAAUUGAAGAAAUAAUCCAGGCAGAAAAAGAAGUUCAACAGAAAAUCCAAGAAGAUCAACCGGAAAUACAAGAAGAACAACAGGAAAUCCAAGAAGAUCAACAGAAUAUACAAGAAGUUCAACAACAGAUUCAGGAAAUUCAAGAGGACAACAACCAACAGCAACUGGAAGAAAAAGGAAAUGCCGAAACACAUAUUGAAGAAAGGGGACCAGAAGAAGAGGUGUUUCGGCAUAAAAAACUAGGGAUAAUUUCUUCUGAUGAAUAUGAACGAAUUAGCAAUUAUAAAUUGGAAUAUGAAACUGUACCUGCACCAGAAAAUCCUAUAACUGGAAACAGAAUAGUCGAACUAGGAUAUGUACUACAAUGGGCAACACGUCUGCAAUAUAAUCAUUCCAAAACCUGUACACUUGGAAUGCUUUCCAUUAAAGAAGAACGCCGACAGGGAUUGACGAGUAUUAUCAUAUACCAAUGUUCCAGUUGUCCAAACGAAUAUGCUUAUCAUACUGAGAAUCCUAACCGAGAAAAAUCCCUGAUAAACAUAGGAGCACAUGGAUGUACCGACUAUGCCUUCAAAUAUAUUCCAUCAAAUGGAAAACAAUUUAGGAAAGAGCUGGGAAAUUGGCCAGGGGGCAAUAAAAAAUUAUCAGGAGAAUAAACGGUCAAAUGGAGCAUGCAUUACAAAUUUAUUUUCAGCAAAUGAAAAUAGCAAUUUGGACAAAAUUGAAUUCUAUUUGGAAUAGUUCUAGUACAGCCACUCUGGGGUCGUAGGACUUGGGUGGGGACCUGUGCAGAACUAAUUCAAUAUGGAGAUUUUAUUAGCAACCUGCCCUAUGAGAUAUGAGAUACAACAUACUACUCUACGAACACACUCUGAACAACAAUGCCACGAAUAAUGAAAUUUAUUAAUGAAUAUGUUCUAAUACAGCCACUCUGGGGUCGUAGGACUUGGGUGGGAACCUGUGUAGAACUAAUUCAAUUUGUA